AGAGCACACAGCUAAGACCUGAGCUCCAGACACUCACUUUUGAAAACUUAUGCCUCUGAAGCUAUGUUCACUGAAAGCACAAUUGCAGCUUUGCUGAUGGGGACAAUUGCUGUUAUCUCCCUACUGACACCUCACUGCAUGGCUGUAAAGGAAGAUGAUGAGGGAUUUGAGCUGUGUGUUUCGUCAAGGCAUAGAAUGAAAGACCUUUCCCAUCAAAAUCUAACAGAUGUUCCUUUAAAUCUUCCCAAUGACACGGAAUAUUUGGAUGUUUCUCACAACUCCAUCCAAAGACUGAAUGUAGCUUCAUUUUCAAGACUGUCUCGGCUCUGUUUCCUGAAGGCAACUCACUGUGGCCUGCAGGAAAUUUCUCCCAGUGUGUUUAAUCACACACCAGCACUCAAAGUUCUCAAUAUAUCUUACAAUAAGUUGACUAUCAUCCCUGAUAUUUCAUUGAAAAAACUGAAAAUCUUUGAUUUGGCUAACAAUCUCUACAAGAGCUAUCGAUUACCAGUGUCAUUUCAGAACCUACAAAAUCUAGACGUCCUUUCAUUAGGAAGUACAGCUGCUCUGUCAGUCAACUAUAAUGACUUUGAUCCCCUGAUGAAUGUCUCUUUGCAAAAUCUGGUUUUGGGAGCAGGAAUUCACUGGCAAAAGUAUGAUUCUGGAGCUCUUGGAAAAUUUAAGUCUCUCCAGAAAAUGUCCCUUUUCACAUCUUUUUGUGGGUCUUUCAGUAUGUUUGAGAGCAUCCUUGUGGACUUGAAUGUGACAGGAACACCAGCACUGAGAUUCAUCAGCAUAUUUCCCGAUGACUGCAAUGUGACGGAUGACCCUUUUAAGAAACUGAGAGCAAUGCCGUUUAUACAGAAUCUCACCAUAGAGAACACCUGGAUAAACAGCUCAUUUAUGGAGUUGUUUCUGAAGAAUUUGUGGCUCUCCUCCGUUCAUGACCUCUCAUUUGUCAAUAUGACUUAUAAUGAAGAUACACCAGAUGGGUUUCAGUUUCGCACCAUUAAUCACACAAUCAAACUUCGCUCAAUUACUUUUGAUCAUGUGAAUCAUUAUCAAUACAGGUACCCCACAAUUAACAUGAGCUUUGAGGCCAUCUCAAAUCUCACCUAUAUAAGGUUCUCUGGGACUGGACUGAACAUUUUACCUUGCAAACUCAUAUCUGCCUUGCCAUCAUUGGAGACCCUGGAUCUGUCAGAUAACCUUUUGACAGAAUCAGGCUUCUGGUGGUAUACAUGUUCUUCCGUCUUUCCCAAACUGAGGCGGCUGUCUUUGAGCAAGAACCGCUUCUGGAGUCUAUCUCUUAUCUCAGAGAAAAUACAUCAGAUGAAGAUGUUGGAGUCUCUUGACCUCAGCUACAACUCCAUCUCCUUGGAUGGGGACUGCUUUUGGCCUGCUCAGCUGACUGAGCUCAGCCUGGGGAAUAACAACCUUGGCAACAGUGUUUUUAAAUACCUGUCUUCAAACUUUGAAAGGAUUGACUUGUCAAAGACAGGAAUAACAGCCAUAAUGACAGAGGAUCUGUCUCAUUUUCCCAGACUGACACACCUUCAACUCAGCUCCAACAGCAUUCAGGUUAUCCCUGCGCAUCUCAACGCCCCGGCUCUACUCAGUCUCUAUGUAGACCAGAACGCUAUCACAUCUCUAUCCAGAGAGGUUUUGGAAGGACUUCCCAAGCUUCAGACCCUCAAGGCUGGACGCAAUCCAUUUGUCUGCUCAUGUGACUCGCACUGGUUCCUCACUGCUUUCAAUAAGUCUUUGCUCCCUGACUGGCCCUUGGAUUAUACAUGCAGUACCCCACCGUUGUUUGCAGGUGUGUCAAUGUCAGAUUACAAAACCAGUGAACUGUCAUGUGAGAUGUGGCUCCAAGCUGCAAUUGCUUUGCCUGUGAUAAUAGUUAUAUCUGCAGCCAUAGGUCUGCUUUUCUAUAAAUACGACGGAGUGUGGUAUACAAAGAUGUUAUGGGUGUGGAUUAGGAUGAAGAGGAGAGACAAGAAACGGUCCAACCUGUUGAAGAAUGAAUCGUUUUCUUAUCAUGCAUUCAUCUCCUACAGUCAUCAGGACUCCAGCUGGGUGGACAGCCAGCUGGUACCCUCUUUGGAAGGUGCUGGGUUUUCACUCUGUGUUCACGAGCGUGACUUUGUCCCUGGUGACUGGAUCAUAGACAACAUUAUCAACUGUGUGGAGGCCAGCUACAAGACGCUGUUUGUCCUCUCCAAACAUUUUGUUCAGAGCGAAUGGUGCAACUAUGAGCUCUUCUUUGCCCAGCACAGAGCCAUCAGCGUCCAGCAGGACUCUUUAGUUUUCAUCUUAUUGGAGCCCAUUCCAACUGACUGUCUGCCCAAGAAGUUCUUAAGACUUCGAAGUUUACUGAGGCAACAGACAUACCUCGAGUGGCCGAAGGAUGAACGGAAGCAGCAGGUUUUCUGGGCAAGUCUUAAAUCCAUGCUGCAUAUGGCAGACAAGUCUAUAGUUCUGAAGAACGUGGCUUUGGCAAUUUCAGAUACAGCAGCUCUGAUUACUGAUCAAGUUUAA